AUGACCCCUCCUCCAGGUUUCUUGUCUUCUGGAAAAGUUUGUCGUUUGCGUCGUGCUUUUUAUGGUUUGAAGCAGGCCCCUCGGCUUGGGAUAGUUAUACUCUUACUUUAUGUUGACGAUAUGAUCAUCACGGGAGAUGAUGUAUCUGGUAUUUCUAAUCUACAAGCAUAUCUUAGCCAGCAGUUUGAGAUGAAGAGCUUGGGUCCCCUUCGUUACUUUUUGGGGCUUGAAGUCUCUGAUUCUCCCGAUGGUUUCUUUCUGUCCCAGGCUAAGUAUGCCUCCGAUCUUCUUGCUCGAGCUGGUCUCACAGACUGUCAGGUAGCAUCUACACCACUUGCGUACGACGUUCAACUUACUCCUCAUGAUGGUUCUCUUCUUGAUGAUCCUACUCUUUAUGGUCAACUUGUUGGGAGUUUGAUCUAUUUGACUGUCACUCAACCAGAUAUCGCUCAUGCAGUCCAUAUUGUGAGUCAGUUCAUGGCAGCUCCGAGGACCUCUCACCACUCUGCCGUCUUACAUAUUCUUUGUUAUGUGAAAGGUACUCUUCUGCAUGGCUUACAGUUCUCCUCUAACUCCUCUUUGACUCUCAGCGGUUACUCUGAUGCUGAUUGGGCUGGUGAUCCCACCGAUCGACGCUCGACCACUGGUUUCUCCUUCUUCCUAGGUGAUUCUCUCAUUUCUUGGCGCAGCAAGAAGCAAACUUUAGUUUCUCGCUCAAAUGCCGAGUCAGAGUAUCGUGCUCUUGCUGACUCUACUUCAGAACUUUUAUGGCUUCGACGGCUACUCACUGGCCUUGGUGCCCCUCAACCAUCUUCUACGGCUCUUCACUGUAAUAGUCAGAGUGCUAUGAAGAUGGCCCAUAAUGAUACCUUCCACGAGCGCACCAAGCAUAUUGAGCUUGACUGUCACUUUAUUCGACAACAUGUUGUCAAUGGAGUAGUUCAUCUCAUUCUAGUAUCUUCUGAAGAUCAGACAGCAGAUAUCUUUACCAAAUCUUUUCUUCCAGGCCGUUUCUGA